CUUUAAAACCCAUGUGUAUCUCGCGCCAAACUCGCUAGCUGCGCUGCUCCCGUUUUCGCGCGAAAGCAAGCAAGCAAGCAACGGCGGCGGCGGCGAUGCUCUCGUUGGCCACCCGACUCCGGCGAGUCGCCGGCAAACUCGCCCGCUGCUUAGCCACCUGCGUCUUCGCCACAGCCGGAAUGAUGCUAGGCGCCAUUGCUGGCGUCAUCGCAGGCUUCGUCAGCGAGGACGGGUUGCUCCAGGGGACGCUGAUCGGGGCCAUCUCCGGAGCUUUCAUCGCCAUGGAGGUCGUCGACUCGCUCGCCAAGAUUUGGUGCUACGAGGAGUACUCCAUCGCCACUCGAGCUCACCUCAUGCUGCUUGUGUUCUGGAAUCUUGUGAUUGAUCGCCUCACCGUGCGCACCUCGGUUUUCCCUACCUUAACCACGGUGUUGGAUAGCCAGGUACUACCUCCGUUUCAGUUGAACGCGGUGCCGUCGCGCCAUAGACGAGCAGAGGUGAGCGGCGACCUGACCGGCCGGAGUUACCCGGUGGUGAUGGGCAUGCGGCUCGCCGCCGUCGACCAGCUUCCGGUGAUCAAGCUCACGGCGGCGCAGACGGACGCCACCGGCGCCUGCCCCAUUUGCCUUCACGUACGUCGCCGCCGUCGGUCCACAAUUAACACUCCCCCAUCUUCCAUGAACAAAUGUACAAUCAGAGAUGCAUCAUUUACAGUUUAUUCAGAGUUAUUUUGCUUCUCUUUUUUUUCCCCAUUUUGUCGUAGGAUUUCAAGGCCGGCGAGAUUGCCAGGAGAUUGCCGGCGUGUUGCCACAUCUUCCAUUUGGGGUGCAUCGACAACUGGUUGCUGUGGCAUGCCCUAUGCCCAAUGUGCCGUCGUCCUGUCAACUAAAUGCAGGUGUACAUAGUACAUAUGUAGACUUGCAAAAAUAACUCAGGAAACCUAGAAACCUUUUUGUUGCACAAAGCAUUUAACAAGAGUUUAAUUUUUUUGCGACUCUGUUUCUUCAUUUUCUACAUAGCCCAGCAUGAAUAAAGCUACAGUUUCAGAGAUAA